GUUUUUGUUUACUUCCAAUUUUCGAAUCGAAUCAUUUACAUGCGUCGGGCUGUGGGAGUGUGUUGAGCUAGAGGGAAUUGCUGUACAAAAAUGUGUGAAGUAGUCAAAUCCAACUUUCAAGAGCUGUACCCUAAAAUUGAGAAGUCUCUGAAGAAAAGUGCUUUUAUUGCCAUUGACUCUGAAUUCAGCGGUUUUGGUCUCCCAUUCCAAGUUGAAGAACAGUCUAUUUGAUACAAGUGCAGAUCGUUAUUUGAAGCUUAAGUGUAGCAUCGAACAGUUCACUAUCUUCCAGUUUGGACUUGCCAUAUUCCAUUAUAGCAGAGAUGAGAAUAAGUACACAGCGGACGUCUACAGUUUCUAUACUUUUCCUUGCUCAUUCGGCCCAGUCGACAACCGCUUCUUAUGUCAGGCCACAUCUUGGGAGUUUCUGCAGGCACACAACUUCAAUUUCAACAAGGUGGCGUAUGAAGGAGUCCCCUUCCUGAGCGAGGUCCAGGAGAACGAGAUCCGGAAGCAGCUGGGUGCUGGGACUAUGUUCAGCAAUGUGGAGCGCUCCUUGUCUUACCGGGAUGAGGAUCUGCUGCAGGCAGAAUGUUCGCGGGUUGCGCAGUGGCUGCCGCUUGCAGCACUCGGAGAUACAAUGGACAUUGUUGUUAAUGACACACAAUACUCCCUCAUCUACUUCCUACACAAGGAACUCAGGACCAGGUUCAAGGACGUCUGGACCUUCCCACAUCGUGACAAGGUACAGGUGAAGAAAAUGAGUGCAGAGGAAAUACAGAAGGCACAGGAGUCCGAAGGCAGUCAGUUGGACUCUUCACUGAUACACAACCUCCUUGGGUUCACCAAAGUGUUCAAGCUAUUAGUAGCUCUGAAGAAGCCCAUCAUCGGCCACAACCUACUGUUGGAUCUGAUGAUCCUGUACAACCAGAUGUACGAACCUCUGCCCAGUACCUAUGAGGCAUUCAAGAAAAAAAUCAACAUUUUGUUCCCGUCCAUCCACGACACCAAGUUUAUUAGUUAUCAAGUUCGCCAACUAUUAAAAAAACAAGAGACCUGGUCAUCCAACAGUCUGGAUCAUCUGUACACAUACUUCAGCACCAACAAGGGUUUGUCUCUUGCAUCCUUUUCACCCACAAUCAAGGUCAACGAGAGUGAGUGCGGGCACAUAGAGAAUGUGGAGAAUCAUGUUCACGAAGCAGCCUGGGACGCAUACAUGUCUGGCUAUUGCUUCAUACGAUUGGCUCACUUCUUGGCUAUCCGCAGACUUGGCGAAGGUGCCUUGCCACGACCACUGUCCAGGAUAGAACAUCUCUCUGCAGUUGCAGAUUACUGCAAUUGUAUCAACGUCAUCCGUGGUAACGUCUCACACAUGAACAUAGGAGGGAAGGAGCCUCUAUCCAAUCGUCCGAGACCUCUCUACAUCUCACGACUCGACCGUAAACCCAUCGACAUUGACAAGGUGACAGCACUGAUGGCGUCCUAUGGGUCCGUAGACGUCAAGGCUCAUACUGUCUCGAGUGCUCUGAUUGCUGUUUCCAGUCGGCAAAGUGCAAGAGACAUUGUGAAGGCGUAUGUGGCAGACAAAGAGUAUAGAGUCGUACCUUACUCCUACCUGAGACACAGCUCCCUCUUAAGUACAAUCAGCUGGAGUGGGUUGAUUUUAUCUGGGACAGUCUGUGCUGCGGUUUUGAUCUCCAGUGCUGUGGUUCGGAAAUGAGUAUUGAGUCUCAUUCAUUCCGGCCCUCUUGCUGCAACACACAUCAGUCCUGUAUAAUUGUAAAAUAUGUUCUGUAUCACUUUAAACUCUGUAAGUAACAUUGAUAGUUUUAAACUGUUAAUACUCAAUAUGACACAAAUUUAGAUUAUUUUUUAUAAUUAAUUGUAAAGCAAUAAAUAUUGUGUAAAAAGUUA